AUGAGAAAUUAUAAAGGAGCAGAAGGGCAUGGGAAGGAGAAGAAAGGGGAAGAAGAGAGAAGCACCGGGACAAAGUCGGGGGGAAGGGCUCACGAGACAAGCUUCCAGGUGUCGGGCCAGCCAGCGCCCGGGGGAGCCCAGCGUCCCGUCGCGUCUGUUCCGGGAGUAGAGGCGCUGGGCGCACCAGGAAGUGACUCUCCCCAGCGGCUGCGAUGUGGACCCUUAGCUGAUUUUGUCGUUAACCGCCUCCGGUUUGUAAGAAGAUUUAUAGGUUACGAAGGUAGAUGCUAUUAUUAUUUGCUCCCCUGGUGUGCCAGAAAACCUCCAGGUUGGUCACAACUCUUUCUGGGCUCAGCAUGUAAGGGAAACUUCACCCACAUGAUAGCCAAGAAGUGUCAAAGAAGACAGAAAAGUCAGAAGAAACCAAGACAUCUUGGACCACUAGAUGAUUCCUGGCAGGAAAGGCUGGCUGAUGUUGUGAUGCCACUCUGGAGGCUGAGCCAUGAAGAACAGCUCAAGGUGAAAUUUGAAGCUCAGAAGAAAAUUUUACAGAGACUAGAAUCUUACCUACAAAUGCUCAAUGGAGUCAAUGUGACAACAGCUGCACCCAGAUCUGAGGGCCUCUGUUGUUUUCUCCAUCCUAUUAUACCUUCUCCUGUCAUCAGUGGCUACCGAAAUAAGUCCACCUUCUCUGUGAACUGAGGUCCAGAUGGCAAUCCAAAGACUGUGGGGUACUACCUGGGAACUUGGAGAGACAGGAACAUGGUCUGUGUACGGUCUAACCAUCUGAAAAACAUCCCCAAGAAACACAGUCAAGUGGCACAGUACUACGAAGUAUUCCUUCAACAGUCCCCAUUGGAGCCCUGCCUUCUGUUUCGUGAAGGUGGGUACUGGCGUGAGCUCAUAGCCCACACCAAUAGCCAAGGGCACACAAUGGCCAUCAUCUCUUUCCAUCCCCAGGAAUUAAGGCAGGAGCUCUGUGUUCAGAAGGAGACUGUAAAGAAGUUUUUCACCAAAGGGCCAGGAGCAGUCUGUGACUUGACAUCACUUUACUUCCAGGAAAGCACUACGACCCGUUGCAGCCAUCAGCAGUCCCCCUACCAGCUCCUGUUUGGGGAACCCCACAUCUUUGAAGAUCUCCUGGGGUUGAAGAUCUGCAUCUCUCCAGAUGCCUUUUUCCAGGUUAACAUUGCUGGUGCAGAGAUACUGUAUCGGACUGUGGGGGAGCUGAGUGGAGUGAACUCUAACACCAUCCUCCUUGACAUCUGCUGUGUAACUGGUGUGAUUGGCCUCUCUCUGGCUCAGUAUACCUCCUAGGUCCUUGGGAUUGAGUUGGUGGAGCAGGCGGUAGAGGAUGCCAGGUGGACUGUAGCCUUCAAUGGCAUCACCAACUGUGAAUUCCAUACUGGUCGAGCAGAGAAGAUUUUGCCACAGCUACUGAAGUCAAAGGAAGAUGGGCAGUUAAUUGUUGCUGUAGUGAACCCAGCCCGGGCCGGGACUGCCAAUGUGUUUCUUCCUUUAGAUUACCAGGUGGUUCAAGCCAUUCGAAACUACGGGGCCAUCCGCAUACUAGUUUUUGUUUCCUGCAAGCCCCAUGGUGAAAUCACAAGGAACAUCAUUGAGUUGUGCUGUCCUCCAAACUCUGCCAAGAAGCUCCUUGGCGAGCCUUUCGUCCUAAGACAGGCUGUGCCUGUGGAUCUGUUCCCCCACGCCCCGCACUGUGAGCUGGUGCUUCUCUUCACUCAAUAAGCAGCCUCCUACAAGCCUGCAGGUUCUUUGUUAAGGCUGAAGUGUCAGUAACUUCCAGGUCUAGCAUAUUGCUACAUCGCUGACCCUGAGAGCAUUACCGAGGAAACCAAUCUUUGGACCCUGAGCAGGAAGAAUAUAGUGGACCUCCUACCUGAGGCCUCACCGGAAUAGAAGCUUCUCCUAGUCUCUCCAGUUUCUGUUGACAGUCAGCUGCCUGAAGCAACUCUCAAGAUGUACCUUCAAGCUUGAAGGCAGAGAGGGAAGGAAACAGCUGAAGACCCAUCAUAGCUACCUACACACUUCUGAGACAGGCUGAGCCAAGAAAUUGCCUUAGACUCUUCUUUCUGCUUUCAGAAACAAAGUCACUUCCAACUUUGUUCACUUACGUUCUGCUAGAUGGUUGAAAAAGAUGGGUUUGUGACAUGGCUCGUUAAGGUUCUUUUUUAUGUUUUGAACAGAUGAAUAUCUAUUUUCCCUACUACCAUCUCCCUCAUUGUCCAUUUCCCUUCACUGGAGUCAGUCACUGUUACCAGUUUCUUGUGUAUCCUUCUUGAGAUAUUCUAUGCAUAUUUGUAUAUGUACACCCCUAAUUUUUAUACAAUUGUAGCAUACCAUAAAUGCUAUUCUGCACCCUACUUUUUUCACUUUUUACAUAGAAGGCUGUUUCAUAUCAGUACAUAAAGAGCUUCUUUAUGGCUACAUGGCUGCACAGCGUUCCAUAAUUAUUAGAGAUAUACCAGAAUUUAUUUAAGCAGUUCUUUGUUGAUGGAUGUUUAGGUAGUGUCCAACCUUUGGCUGUUAUAAACAUGCUUAUACAUAUUAUAUUUCACAUGUGAGAGUAUAUCUCUAGGAGAAAUUGAUUAGGACACUUCGGUCAUUAGCUUGUUCAGUUGCUUGGUGGCGAUAAAACCACAGUACUACGUGUGGAAUCAAAGAUUCUAGGAGGCCUAGCCAUGCCUAACUACACCGAUGUCGUGGGAUGUUAAGCUAGACAGAAUCUUGGAGAUCCCAGAGAGGACCAAGAUCACACAAAGAUUUAGAAGCAGAUCCAGGAUUAAAACCCACAGUGUUUUAGUCCAGUCUAUAAUGUAGCUCUUUUUACUACACCACACUGCUGUGGGUCAGAGAGAUUUGGCAUGGCCUGAUUUCUGUCCUGCCAGGCAGGACUGUGCAUUAUCUGGCCCACGGUGAUCUCACUACCCUGUCUUUACAUGAUUUCUCUUCCCGGGAUCUGACUUUGCCAACCUAAUUUAUCCUACUUUUCCCUGCUGCUCUGACUUCUCCCACUAAUAAUAACUCGAUCUUUUUUAAAAGUUAGAACUGAAGUCCUUGACAAUUGGGGGACCCUUUAGUAGUAAAGCCAAGUAGGAGAGGCAGGAGUACUGGGAAGGAUGUCUGGUAAUGGCGUAAGAUUUAUGAUCUUACACAAGCUUUCUACUCUUAGUUCAUCCGUUGAGUCAUCGUAUAGUGUAGGAGGAGUCCCUUUCUCCUCUUGGCACGGCUGGAAUAUCUCCUUUCCUUGGCCAUAAGGUCAAACACCUUAAGGUCCAACAAGCAUAUAAUGUGCCCAAUAGGAAAGAAUAUGAAAGUGUGUGCGGAUAGUUUAAUUCUUACUGAAUUGUGCUAGGGAGCAAACUACAGGUGAUAUUCUUCGUGGGCAGCCCAAGGAAAUCAAGGACCCAUGUGUGGACUGACUCUUAAGUCUAUCUUCACUUUGGCUCAGGCCACAGAGGGGUCAACUGCUGCCAGUAUUUAUGAAAUGCGCACUAUGAUGAUGGAUAAAAUUGUUUUAGGAGCAGAUUGUAGAGCUGUCCCUGGGACAGUUUUUCUCAAGUUAUGAUCCUCUGAGCACUUGCAUUACUCGAAGGAUGGGGCCCUGGAAUCUGCAAGUAGUCUUCUUUCCCAAAUAAUUCUUAUGUGAAUGUAACUAUGAGAACUACUUCCUAAGGAAUGGUAAAUUGAGAAGGUGGUUGUGAGCCUUUGAAUUUGGGGUGGCCUGUAAAAUUAGUGAGAAGAGCUGACCAGCAAUUCCAGGUAGCAUAUGGAUAUUUCAUUUGAGAGGAUAUAAAGACUGGGUUAGGUGCCUCCUAUGUGCUUCCACAGAUUCUGUGCUUCUAUCAUAACCCUUGUCACACUGUAUUGUAGUUGAAUGUUUUUGUCCCUUCCCCUAUAAUCCAGAGGGUUCUUAGUUGUGAGCAACAGAAAUUGAUUGGCUAAUUUAAGCAAAAAAUGCUUGUCUUAAAAGCAUAUUGAAUAGCUCCCAGAAUCACAAGUUGGACUGGAGAACCAGACUCAGGGCUACACAGCCAACAUCACAGCUAUCACCAUUACUACCACCAUGCUAGCACCAUUAGUGUGUUGGCUUAGGUCCUCAGAGAUGCAGAAACCAAGCUGGGAUUAGAUAUGCAGGAGAUUUAUUGGGGAAAAUGUCAGUGAGAGAACAUAGGGAGGAAGCUGGGAGAGAUGUUAAACUGCAGUGUCAAUCUGACCUUUAUGGAUGAGAGAAGGAAAGAAGAAGGUUAGGUAGGAAGUGUCAUAGACUGAAGUGCAGUGCUAAUAAAGUUUGACCAGGCUGAUGGGGAGUUCUGUUGCCACAGUCACAGGCCACAUAGUCCUGUGUCUCCCAGAAAUGGGGCUGACUUAGUAUCCCUGCUGUGCUCAGUCACUGGCUGGGAGCAGUGUGGCUUCAGAACAAAGCAGCAAAUAUUGGGGUGAAUUUAAAGCACAGCAGCUGGGGCAAAGGUCAAUGACACUUCCCACAUUGGAAGAACCAAGAGGCACAUUUUCAUGACUGUCUGAAUUGGAGAAGAUUGUCCACUUCUUUGGGUCACUGGCUCCCAAUUCAAGGGAUGGAUCCUUGGAUUGAGGGAGCCUAAGUCACAUGCCUGUGCCCCAACUACAAGGGGGCCCUGCUUCUUAGCAAGAGUCCUGUGUCCUCUCCCCCAGAUAAAGGGUUCAAAUGCUGUACAGCGACACCCCUAAAAGGACAAAUGUCUAUUAUACCAUUACACUCUGUGAACCCCUUGAGAGCAGAGCUCUUUGUCUUACUGCUAUUACAAAUAAAUGUUUAUUGAAAUAACUGAA